ACCCCCGCUCCGCCCGGGACCCCUGCACUGCCGCUCGCGCCGCCCGCCUCCCGCCGGUCCGCCGGACCCCGAGUCGCGCAGGCGCAGAAGGAGGAGCCGCUGCCGCCGCUGUCCAGCCAGACCAUCCCCACUUUCUACUUCCCACGAGGCCGGCCCGAGGACAGCGCCCGCGUGGACGCCGCCAUCGCCAGGGUCGAACGUGUCUUUGCGCAGUUCCCGCAGGAGAGGGCCACAGCCGGAGACAUGGGCCAGGUGGCCAAGGCCUGCGGCUGCCCGCUCUACUGGAAAGGACCGCUCUUCUGCGGCGCCGGCGGCGAGCGCACGGGCUCGGUGUCCGUGCACAAGUUCGUGGCCAUGUGGAGGAAGGUGCUGCAGACGUGCUACGACGACGCGGCGCGCUUCGUGCAGCUGCUCGGGAGCCCGGGCACCGACGGCCUGGUGCAGGAGGACUUCGUGCCCUUCCUGCAGCGAAGUGAACACAGCGGCGAGCGGAAGCCGGGCGAACGGUGCAGAGGAGCACACGCCGGCCACCUGCGGGCUCUGCGCCCCUGCUGCCGGUCGGGAUGCUGCAGUCGGCCCGCACUGACCCCGGCCACCCUGCAGGUCAUCCAGAGAAUCUUCUACACUGUGAACAGGUCCUGGUCCGGCAGGAUCACGUGCGCAGAGCUCAGGAGGAGCAGCUUCCUGCAGAACGUGGCGCUGCUGGAGGAGGAGCCGGACAUCAACCAGCUGCCCGAGUUCUUCUCCUACGAGCACUUCUAUGUCAUCUACUGCAAGUUCUGGGAGCUCGACACUGACCACGACCUCUUCAUCGACGCGCAGGACCUGGCACGGCACAACGACCACGCCAUCUCCUCGCGGAUGAUCGAGCGCAUCUUCUCCGGCGCCGUGACGCGAGGCCGGCGGGUGCACAAGGAGGGCCGGCUCAGCUACGCGGACUUCGUGUGGUUCCUCAUCUCCGAGGUCCCCGCCCGGCGUCCCACCUGCGCCUCGCUGUCCCGCAGCAUCGAGUACUGGUUCCGCUGCAUGGACCUGGACGGCGACGGCGCGCUGUCCAUGUUCGAGCUCGAGUUCUUCUACGAGGAGCAGAGCCGGCGGCUGGACGGGCUGGGCAUCGAGCCGCUGCCCUUCCGCGACUGCCUGUGCCAGAUGCUGGACCUGGUGAAGCCGCGGAGCCCAGGCAGGGUCACGCUGCACGACCUGAAGCGCUGCAAGAUGGCGCACGUCUUCUUCGACACCUUCUUCAACGUGGAGAAGUACCUGGACCACGAGCAGCGCGAGCAGGCGGCCCUGCUCAGGGAUGGCGACGGGGACGGCCCCGAGCUCUCCGACUGGGAGCGCUUCGCCGCCGAGGAGUACGACGUGCUGGUGGCCGAGGAGGCCGCAGGCGAGGCCUGGGAGGAUGGGUUUGAGGUGGCGCUGAGCCCCGUGGAGCAGAAGCUGGGGCCGCUGCGGUCCCGGACGCAGAGGCCGGGCUUUGGGGCGCCGGCCCCCGGGGACGUGGACCUGUACGAGUAUGCGUGCGGGGACGAGGACCUGGAGCCGCUGUGACGAGCCGGCUCUGUCCCCGCCGACGCCCCCCUGCCGUCCCGGGAGGACCCGCGUGGCUCCCGCGGCCCGGGUCAGCCUGGGGGACUUGGCACGCAGACGCUCGCCGGCCACCCGCGGCCUGGACGCUGGCACCGCGGUGACGCCGGCGUUGUGUCCACGGCGGGCUGGGACCUCGGGGCGUCCCCGGCCUGGAGCGUGGCUGCCACAGGAGCCCUGUGCCAGGACCCCGCGUGAGGCCGGCUGCGCGUGGCCGGACCCCGCACACGCUUUAAAUAAAGGGUUGAAGGAUUUUACAGUGCGGGGCUCGUGCAGC